AUGUCAUCAUUUGCGCAUUUGAUCGAUAGCGAUCGGGCGUGGAAUGCAAAUCCAGCGCGAUCAUUCCAGCAAUUUGGUUCGGGUCCAGGAGACAUACCUGCACCACACCAUGUAACCACUUCUACUGCAGAUUGGGCGGAUGCACCAGUCAAGAGGCCAUUUGCCAAUAUUGUACAUGCUGAAAAUCUAGAUGGCCAUCAGGGUGAUCAGAAGCAUCUAGCUGAAUCAUCGCUAGACUCCCAGGGGUCCUUCAAUGACAGUGGGAAUGAGGAUGAUGCCGACGACAAACAGCGCGAUUCAAAAAGGCCGCGCAUGGCCAUUUCGUGCUCUGAAUGCAGACGGCGAAAAAUCAAGUGUGACCGCAGUGUGCCUUGUAUGGCAUGCGUGAAGAGAGGUGUACCUGGUUCGUGUAGAUGGGAAAAUGCAAAGGUUGAACCAUCACCACAACCAUUUGCUUUAAAGACCCAAGUGGAUGAACUACAGAGGCGUCUCGAUACCCUCCAGGAGACGCUACAAGUGCUACCUUCGCAGAUUGCCAAAGCAGUAACUAGCGCUCAGCAACAGUCAAGUAUAUCUUCACCCCAAUCGAAACCCGGCAUCGAUCAUGACGCCACAACGAAUGUACCUCGAGAAGCAUCAACCACCAAGGCAGAAACCAGCACUGUCACUUCCACAGGCUCAAAUGAUUCACGAACUUCAAAUAUUAAUCCAGCUAUGCCAUCUAAUGCUGCUGCUAUGAAGGGCGAGACGGAUUUCUAUGACGAUGCGGCUGAAAAUGCAGCCGUGGUCCUGGAGAGUAUCGCCUUCAACCCUCAAGCAAAUGAGACCGGUAGUGGCCAAGGCUCGAUGACCUCUCACGAGUAUUGGAGAGGCAACAUGAUCACCCCAGCCUCUGGGGCAGCGUUAGCUGGAACUACAAAAGAUGACCCACAUCCAAAACACGACCAGAACCAGCAGCAGAGUCAGGAGUACACUUCGGCCCUGACUAGCGUCAUAGCACCGCCAUGGGACAUCGCACUUGAUCGAUAUAAUCCUUUGUUGAUGCAACAACGUGGUUUUGAGGCAGACAAUCACCAAGAGCUCCUCAAGAACAGGUUUGAUGCUAUGCAUAGCAUUCUCGAAAAUCUACCAACCUUACGCCAGAGCUACUAUCUAGCUGAACAAUACAAUAAUAUCCUUCAUUGGCGGUCCCGCAUCUUACAUUGGCCUUCCUUCCAGGCAGAGAUGAAUUACUUUUGGGAGAUAAUGACGCAACAACGUCAUUCUGAGCUCGAUCCAUUAUGGUUGUCUGUCUUCUUCAUGGUGAUGGCCCUUGCACUUGACAAUCGGUCAACAGCCCCAACAGGCCCCAGUCAUCCUUUUCACGGAUACACACACCAGAGGCUCAAUGAACUUACCAGUAAAUACCAUGCGGUGAGCAUCAAGGCACUAUAUCUUGGUGAUGCUAUGUCUACUCCACGAGUCCGAACGGUGCAAACCGUUAUUCUAUUUAAUCAAUUUUUCCAGCUUUCGAGCGCCUGGAGAAAAGCCGAUACGAUGCUUAACUGGAACGCUUUAGCCAUUCGUACAGCCCAGCUGAUGGGUCUACACAGGCUAGGAAACAACCCAGAGAUAAUGCCUCCCGAUGACCCUGCCUGGCCCCCAGGUAAGAACGCUGUCAAGCGCCAUAUGGGACUUCGGGUCUGGAUGAUGCUGCAAUGGGCCGAUUGGAUGUCUGCAUCGGCACGUUUCCGCUGCUAUACUAUCCAACUAGAUCAAUGUACAUCACAAUUGGUCGAUAAUGUCAAUGACUGGGAGCUAUCACCGACAGAAUGGCAGUACACGCCUCGACCCGCGCGUGUUGUGACAGCUAGCUCUUUUGAGGUCUACAAGUGGAAUAUCGCCAACAUGUUGCGUCUUACAUUUGAUAAGCUUAUUACCUAUGCGGAUAAGUUUUCGUACUCUACUGUUUUGGAACUCGAUGCUGGAUAUCGGAAGAUAUUAGAGGGCUUGCCCGAAGCAUAUCAACGAGAGAAUAGCGUGGUCGAUGGCAGUGAUCCUAGAAUCCGCCGUCAGCGAAAUAUUGCUCUAGAAGGGAUACAUUCUCGCAUUGUGCGACUAAACAGACCUUUCCUAUCGCGAGGUUAUGCGAAAGGCUCCAAGUUCGCGAACUCCAAAGACAAUUGUCUUAAAUCAGCACGCAUAGUGGUAGAUUGUCACUAUAACCUGCGUGAUUUGACAACAAGUGGCUCAUUAUGGUUCGUAUAUUCACAUACACUAAGCUCGGCUAUGGUUCUCUUCUUGGAUCUGUUUUGGUCCAUUGAUAAUAAUCUUCCCACCGCCGAAAUUGACGAGAGGACACGCACUAUCUACAUGGUUCGAGAAAUCUUCUCCAUGUACAGCGAAAUAAGCAACACUCCACUGCGUAAAAUCGUUGAGUCCGCUUUUCGCAUCAUCAGUGAUCUUAUAUCCGAGAGCCAAUCUCGUCGAUCAGCCAAGGCUCGCAGCUUUAAUCAAGCGAACCAGCAACAUCCAAUCCCAAAGCCAGCCCCCUUUUCUGAGGUGCUACGCCGCAUAUCCCGCAACAUGACACUAGGCACGCGCAAUACUAGAGUCGAGGAUCCAGGAUCCACAUCCUCGUCUUCUUCCCACUUCCCAUCUUCAGCUUCAGUUUCCUACAAUCAACAAGCUUACUCAAAUGGUAGCCCAGCGAAUGGCCCCGAACAGCCGAUGCCACAAGAAUUUCUCAGUGCUGGAUUCUACUCAGCCCUGGGUAUGCAGAUGCAGGAUGAGUCCGAUCCAACUUAUGCUCAAAGCAUGUGGAAUCUGAAUACAUCGCCUGCUGAUAGCCAGUCCGAUCUGUCGUUCCUCAAUGUUUACCAAGGUGCUGGGCCAGACAUAUCAGAUCGAUAUGGCCUUUGGCAAUACUUUGUUGGGCAGGAUCUUCUUUGA